UGUCGAUCCCUUCCAGGCAAAGCUCCUUCCAGGAACAGCAAAACGCUUUGGCAUGCAUACCAUAAAACGCUACUUCGCCAUCUAUGGCCGCCCUCUCCCACUUCAAGCAUCUCUGAGUGUAACAUCCAAGCGGACGAAUGAUGCGGCUAACCAUACUCUGCUGCAACCAAUUGAAUUCAAUAAAUACAGACGCCGGCACGGGCAUCGGCUCCUCGACCGCUCCUCACCACGACGUUCUAAUCCAGCAGUUCUUCGCUUUCGCCGCGGCGAAGGACCGCCAGAUAUUCGCGCUUUCGGUCUUGGAUCCCGCAACUAGAACUCCGAACGCCAACCGCCGCCCUGGCAUGGUCUCGGAUGACAUCCAGCCAGCUCUGAGCAGCAGUCCAACCCCACUUCUUCUGCUCGAGCUUCAUGACUCAAUGGGAAUCCGGUAUUUCACCGCUGCGCAGCCGGGCGAUCUUACCCUUUCUGGCUUUACUACGUCUGAUGCUGCGUUACGUUGGAGGUUUGAAGAGGUGAUGUGGAAUGAUAACUAUGUGAAGCAGCAUUUUACGGUGCUUGUAGCACAGCGGGAGUACACGUGUGAGGUCCAUGGUGACCAGUUUGAGGUGAGGAUUAUGCGGCGGAGGGGGUAGGGGUAUUGGUGAAGUGAGAGAGAAGGAGGGAUUCCACGCUUGCCAUGUUCUGGCGCGGUAACGCAGUCUAGCGACAUCCUUGGUCAGAGACCUCGCGGUCUACUUUGCAAUCUCCAUUUCAUAUUUCAUUGCCUCUGCGACAUUGUAUCACCGAGACAUUAUUGAGCUUCUGGAGACAGAUGUUGCACACGGCGGAUAGAGCGCCCUGAGCCUCUGGUAGAGCUUAUGGAGCUGGCUUUGUCGCCGGAACGUUCGACAAGACCAGCUUUGGCG